CCGCCGCGCACCUCCCCGCAGGUGCAGUACAUCGACCUGCGGGACCGAUUCGACGGCGACAUCUACACGCUGGAGCUGCUGCUGCGGCUGGUGGAGCUCAUGCACCCCAGCUUCGGCUUCAGCUGGGUGCUGCAGGACCUGAAGGGGACCCUGGCCCAGGAACUGGACUUCGAGGUGGAGGGCCGCAACGCCGAGCGCUGCGCGCGGGAGCUGCAGCACCUGCGCUACGUCGUGGUCCCCCGCGUCUACUGGGACGUGUCCAGCAAGCGCGUGCUGACGGCCGAGUUCUGCGAGGGCUGCAAGGUCAACGACGUGGAGGCCAUCAAGGCCAUGGGGCUGGCGGUGCCGGACAUCGCGAAGAAGCUCAUCCAGGCCUUCGCGGAGCAGAUC